CGCAGCUGUGACGUGUGAAGUGUGCGACGGCUAGCGCUAACACCCAGCUCCCGGCUUCCCUGUCAGGAUGGGCACUCAGAUCAAAGAUGUGGUGAUUAAACCCGACGCUCCGAACACACUCCUCCUGGAGAAGCACGCGGACUACAUCGCCGCCUACGGCUCCAAAAAAGACGACUAUGAGUACACCCUGUCGGAGUACCUGAGGAUGAGUGGGAUUUAUUGGGGUCUGACGGUGAUGGAUUUGAUGUCACAGCUGCACCGCAUGAGCCGAGACGAGAUCAUCGACUUCAUCAAAGCGUCGCAGCACGAUUGUGGAGGCAUCAGCGCCAGCGUGGGGCACGACCCCCACCUACUGUACACACUGAGCGCCGUGCAGAUCCUGACCCUGUACGACAGCGUGAAAGCGAUCGAUGUGGAUAAAGUGGUGGAGUACGUGCGGGGACUGCAGCAGGACGACGGAUCAUUCGCAGGAGACAAAUGGGGUGAGAUCGAUACAAGGUUCUCCUUCUGUGCCGUGGCUACACUCGCUCUGCUGGGCAGGUUGGAUGCAGUGGAUGUGGAUAAAGCGGUGCAGUUUGUUUUGUCCUGCAUGAACUUUGAUGGAGGAUUCGGCUGCAGACCCGGCUCGGAGUCUCAUGCUGGACAGAUUUACUGUUGUACAGGUUUCCUCUCCAUCACUGGGCAGCUCCACCGCGUGAACGCUGACCUGCUGGGGUGGUGGCUGUGUGAGAGACAGCUUCCGUCAGGAGGCCUGAACGGCCGACCCGAGAAGCUGCCGGAUGUGUGUUACUCAUGGUGGGUUCUCGCUGCGCUGAAGAUCAUCGGCAGGAUUCACUGGAUCGAUAAAGCCAAGCUGAGGACGUUUAUCCUGGCGUGUCAGGACGAGGAGACCGGAGGAUUCGCAGACCGACCCGGAGACAUGGUGGACCCGUUCCACACCCUGUUCGGUGUAGCCGGUCUCUCUCUACUGGGUGAUGAACAGAUCAAAGCGGUGAAUCCGGUCUUCUGCAUGCCGGAGGAGGUCCUGCAGAGAAUCAGCCUACAGACAGACCUGAUCACAUAAAACACACUUUACACACAGUUACACACACUCACACAUUGUACAGUGCUGUAGAUUUGUAGUGUUUUAUGAUGCUUCGUAAGCCUCUCCUGUUGUUUGUUAAUUUAACUCGCCAUGACGUUGAUGUUGUUCAGAAUCCUGUUCAGCGGUAAUGACGGAAACACGAUGCUGUUUUUCCGAGGCCUGGAAACAGAACAGUGUGUUUAUGUACAGCUUUUAUAGAUUUAUUUAUACAGCAGGUUACAGGAGUGAUGAGUGUUGUGGGAAAAUGUUUAUCUAAAAGGAAGGAACUUGAUAUGAUUAAGAUUCAGUUAUUUGUCACAUGUACGUUACAGCACAGUGAAAUGAUUCCAGUUAGGAAGCUGGUGUCAGAGUGCAGAGUCAGCCAGGAUACAGCGCCCCCUGGUGUACAUAGAGUUAUGGGCCUUGUUCAAGAGCUCAACAGUGGAAACUUAGCGGUGCUGGGGCUCGAUCCCUCCCCCUCAGUCCUCUUAAUCAAUAACCUACAGCCUUAACCGAUUGAGCCCCCACUGCCCUACUGCGGUGCCACUCAACUUGUAUGUUGCAUUAAUCUAAAAAAGAUUCAUAAAUAAUAAAAAAUUAGGAAAAGAUAUAAGCUCAUUUAUCUGCUUUUUUUCUCAUAGCGUUUUUAUUAUUAUUAUUUAAUUUAAUGUCUUGCUUGUAAUUAUGUAUCACAUGUACACAUCCUAAUUUUCGGACAUUCCUUACUCGCUUAUUUUUUAAAUGUGGCACAUCACGCGUGUGUACAAUUUAUCAUAAAGCUGUUUCCUUCUGCAUUUCUGUGUAGUGUCUUGUGCAAAUCUGCAGAUGUACAGAUCCAUCUAUCGUAAAAGUUAUUCAAACGUUCAAAUUCAAAAUAAACGAUGAA